ACAAGGGUCGACGGAAGGGUUGAACAUUUAUAAGAACCAUGGCCUCCUGUCUCGAAAAUAUCCAAAUUCCGGCGUGUGUUUGGUUUGACGGUGGUGAGAAACGAAAUUCUUUGAUGUCCAUGCUUGCUGGAACAUUGUUUUUCAUGGGAUGGUGGUUCAUAAUUGAUGCUCAAGCUAAAUAUCCCUAUUUAAUGCUUGACGCAUAUCACGUGUGCGGAGUGUUUGGUACCAUAUCGCUUUUCAUGGUUAAUUCAGUAACUAAUGCUCAGAUUAGAGGAGAUGCAUAUAAUGGAGGAUGCCUUGGGGUCAAGGGUGCCAGAGGUUGGCUGUUUAUCGGCUUCGUCAUGGGGUUUGCGGCAGUAAUAGCAGCAUGUUGGAUUUUAUUUACUGACUUUAUCAGAAAGGAUGUGUCGCAUACCUGGCCUGGGGUUGGGCUUUUUUUACAGAACGUAUUUAUAUUCGUGGGAUCAUUGACUUACAAGUUUGGUCGUUCAGAAGAUCAGUGGGGUUGAACAGCUAAUACAUUACUAUUAUAUUUAUUUUAACUAAGGUAAUAUUUCUAUUCUCAAUCUCUUACAGAUAUUUCGUAACUAUACGAUGUGUAUCUAAAACAGUAAUUGUCAAAAAUAUUACGAAAUAUGGUUAUUUAUGUGUAGUACUCAGCUACCGCCUACUUAUUAUAAGUAUGUAUAAUAAUACUGCGCAUUUAAUAAGUGCUUAUUACAGCUGAACUUGUAAUAAAUAUUAAUUGCAAUCAUUUUCAAAGAUGAUUAUCGUGAA